AGAGGCGAUAUGAAGUCCGGUUUCCGAGAAAAUAGAUAAAUUCGGAAAGUGCAUAUUUCCCAAAAAAAAUAAAUUAAAAACCCAAAUAAAUACAAGAAGAGUUCCUGAGAUACUCCACAUUUGUUACUGGUAUUUGAGGCGGUGCACAGAUCAAUUUUAAACAAUGAUGGACUUUUUUGCUGAUGGCGGAUUUCAACAAUUAUUUGAUGAUUUAAAUGAACAUUAUUCCGGCUCAGCGAUAUGGAUUGAUUCAUCGGAGAUUUCCAGUUCCGGUUACGAUUACAACGAUCCCAAUAAUGGGGUAGAGUAUCCUGAAGAAAAUUAUUUAUGCUGUGACCAGGAUUAUCAUUUAUUUGUAAUGGAACCCGAAACAAGCACUCCAAGCUCAAACCACUUCAGUGAGGAUAGUGAAAACCAAUUACAAGCCAGUUUGGAUUAUCUGUUGAAUGCCAGCUAUGAUCUAAUGGAAGGUAAUACAGAACUGGAAUCCCUACAAAACACAAGCCUGGCCUUGCAAGCCAAAGAACUGAGUGAUUGGGAGGAAAAAUUCCUUGAUAAUUUCAUUGAAAUUCCUGAACUCAUCGAUUUUCUACCCGAAAAGACACCCCUGUGUACGGAUAACUGCAAUCAUUUUCUACAAGAAUGUGCCGAAAAUUUAAAAUUAUUUGCAACACCACCAAGUUCGCCUGCCUCCUACUACUCCUCCAACAACUCCACGCCAGAAACAGCCAAUGCCAAAAAUGAUGACGAUGCAAACUCUCCCUCCCCGGAUCAUAGCAAAGAGAAUGAUAAAAUCUACACCUGUAAUUUUGGUGAUUGUGGAAAAAUUUACGCCAAACCUGCCCAUUUGAAAGCUCACUUGCGUCGUCAUUUAGGUGAGAAACCGUACGUUUGUAAUUGGUCCGAUUGUACAUGGCGUUUUUCCCGCUCCGAUGAAUUGGCCCGACAUCGACGUUCCCAUUCCGGCAUUAAACCGUAUAAAUGUGAUUUUUGUGGCAAAUGUUUUGCCCGCUCCGAUCAUUUGACAAAACAUCGCAAGGUGCACGAACGACGGAUUUUGGCCGCCAGUAAGGCGGGAAAAAUCGAUCUUGAUGGUGUUAUGCCACAAUCUGUGUUGACCGUAAGACCGGGGCGUAAAAGGAAAAAUCAAUUAUAGACACGUCAUGUAGAUCAUUUGUUUA